AUGCCUGGAAUUCUCAUUCUUGCGCUCAUCUUAGCGGCUACACUCUCGCUGGGAAUCGCAAAGAACUGCGAUUACUUGGACGACGAUUAUCGAAAAAUGUUUGAUAGACAGUUCUACAAUUAUGGACUUAAGUACAGGUGUGACCUUGAAAAAGAAGCAUAUAAAUACUUUGUGUACAGAAGAAAACCUCGAAAGAGACAUUAUCUUAUUGAAAGAUACGGAGACCUGAAACAGCGUGAGCUAAAACAGCUUGUAGAAAAAAUGAUUGUCAAGGGUAUGAUCAAGAAAAGCUCCAAAGCUGGCUGCUAUAUCGGCGAAGUUUUGAAUGGGAAGGAAAAACAAGCAAUUAUUUGCGUGUUCGCUUCAAAUUACUAG